AUGACGGACCCUCAGGAGCUGGUGCGGUCAGUGGGGCCCCCGCGACUCCCCAACUACAUCCAGCUCCUGGAGGACGAUGUGGAGAGGAGCCUGCAUAAGCCUGUGGAAAGGGGCAAAGCGGAAGGAGACGGGGAGGACGCACCUAGGAGACCACCUUCCCGCACCCAGCACCCCCGCGGUCUCCCCACCCUCCCGUCGCCGCCCUUCUCGGUCCCUCGGACCCUGACCAUCUCCCCCGGCCCGGGGGGUCUCCCCGUGAGUGCCGAGCAGGCUGUGGAGCUCAGAAAGAUUUUAUUCGGAAAUACUUUCCGCAUCUUUAGCUACGAGUGGAAGAAAUCCUCCUUCAGGUUCAGGGAGCCAAAUUCCGAACUGUCUUACACCCUGGAGGCAGAACGAGGUGGAACCCGUGCCGUUCACAUGGUGAUCCAGGCGAACAUCAUCAAACACCUGCUGUUCACCCCCCACGCAGACCACCGUGCCGGCCGCCCAUCUGCGUGUCUGUCUGUACGCAGCCUUGGGGAGAAGGAACAGGAUCGGGCCCUGACCGCCGCUCUGGCCAAUGUCCUGUGGACGGCCGGCGAGGAUCAGGCUGCCACCGUUUCCCUGGUGACCUGCGGAACGAGCUUCAACCCCCCACUGGGCUACAAAGUGGACAGCGUCACCGAGAGGUUACACCUUUUUCGCUUCAGCAGAAAAGAGGAUGUUCGGAAUUUUAUCCACGAACACAUUCGAUGUUUCAAGGAGGAAGGCAGUCAUGGUGUCAUCCUGCUGCUCUACAGUCUCAUCUUUUCCAGGACCACAGACAGGCUAAGAGAGGACCUGGACCCCACGACCUCGCAGCUCCUGCAGCCGAGUCUCGGCAGCUUCGCGUGUCGACAGGCGCUCUUGAACCUGCUCCUCACAGGCCGCGCCACCCCCAACGUCUUCAACGGCACCGUGCAGUAUGAUGAGAACGGGCGCCUGCUGGAGCGGCCCCUCCGUGGAGUUCUGACCCGCAGCGACAUCGGCUACCUGCACUGGAGCCGGGAGCGAGGGGGAAGCGGCAAGCUGCCCGAGGUGGGCAGCAUGCUCAAGACCCCCAGGCUGCCCAUCUGGGUGUGCUGUAUCAACGGCACCUGCAGCGUCCUCUUCAGUCCCAACCGCUCGCUGCUGUCCGACUGGAGGAUGGAGCACCUUUUCGAGCUCUACUUUUACAACGGACAGCCGACCCAGAGGAGCGCGGCCCUGCUCACCAUAGACACUCAUUCCCACCACUGGGAGCUGAAGGCCCUGGAUGCGCACGAGGACCCCGAGAAGAGAUUCCCCUCCGUGGAGAUGACCAUUCGGACCAAGUGGGAGGGGGCGGCUAUUAACUGGAAUGGGACGGUUCCAUUUUUUUAGCUACGUGACGCUGCCCCUCCCUUCAUCGACACUAGCAGUUUACACACACACACACACACACACACACACACACACACACCAUUAUGGUCAAUCACAUUGCUGAUAGAUCUGGUGCUUAACAACAAAGUAUGGAUAAAAACAUGAUGAUGUGACACGUGAAAUAAAGGGUCCUAACAUGUAAAUAUAUACUAAGUGAUGUUAUAUUGCCACCGUUGUGUUCACAUUACAUUAAAAAGUAUAAAAAUAUAUAUGUAUAUAUAUAUUUAGCUACCACUAUGAGUGCUUUAUUCGCAUUUAAAGUAACUCAGUCAUUUUUUUCCAUCUGAUGCCUUUUUACUUUCUCACGGCAAAUUUUUGGUUAAGUCCUCACACUUUAGUAUUUUUGACUACCUCUGGAUGAUUGAGCCCAUGUUGUGGGUAAUUUCAAAUUAAAUCAAAAGAUCUAUGGGUAAUUUCUCACUUGUUUAUGUGGAACUUCCUUUGUUUGUGUCAUUAUGAAGUGUCCAGAUGCGUGUGAUCGGUGUAAUGAGCUCUCAUUGGGGUGUGUGGGGGAGCGGAAAUAAAUGGCUCCUUGGAUUCAGCUGUUUUUGUGGUUUCUUUCAUUACUGAGGUCAACAGAGAAAACUCUUGAAAUAAUUCUUUUUCAAAAAAAAAAAAAAAAAAA